CACAACGAUUACAAAAGCAGUAUAUUUUAACUAAGGGAACACAAAUUUUGACAGCUGACUACAGUGUACAUGUUCAAAACUAUUUUAAACUCUAUUGCUAAAGCAAUAAAGACUAAUAACGUUCACGAUAAAUCUAGAAAGUAAAUGAAUUUGACAAUUCGGUUUUUCUGUCUUUUUGUCAUAGUUUCGAAUGCGACAAAAACUUAGUUUUUUGGAAAAUUACAGGUAAAAAUCAAUUUUUUACUGAAAAUUCGUGCAAGAACAAGAUUAAUACGGCAUAAGACAGUUUUCAAGGAUGCCGCAAGCCCGUAGGAAAACGCCGUUUAGCGGCAAGGCGAAGAAACAGCAGCUACAAGCAAAGAAGAACAAAACUUUGCUGCUAUCCACAUCGUCCGGCACAAGCACCUGCGAGGUGGUCUCCGUGAACUACCAGCCUCGCAACCGCGGUGGCAGGGGAGACUCCAACCGUUAUGCCCUCAAGUUCUACCGGGAGACCGAUGAAGAAUUGUUUCUGAAGAAAGAGGAUGCUGCCAAGGCCCUCAACCCGGUCCCGGAAAAGGAACUAGAAGUUGACCCGACGGACUUCUUUCCCUCCGACCUGUCGUUCCCGAAGCGGCCGGCAUGGGACUUCAGCAUGAGCCCUGCUCAGCUGGACGCGCAGGAACAGAGGUAUUUCAAGAACUACGUAGACCAGCUGCAAGCCUCCGAGCACUGGAAGGACAUAUCCUACUUCGAAUUAAACUUGGAAACGUGGCGGCAGCUGUGGCGAGUGCUGGAGAUGUGUGACGUACUACUGCUGAUUGUGGACGUUAGAUAUGCUGGCAUGAUGUUCCCUCCAUCACUAUACCACUACGUGGUCACGGAACAGAAGAAGAACAUGAUAGUGGUGUUGAACAAGAUAGAUCUGGUCCCAGCUUCCGUGGUGGCCGCCUGGCAUGACCACCUGACCACAACCUGUCCCGGGUUACGGGUGGUGUAUUUUACCUCUUGUCCCGGGUAUAACUUGAGGGGCGCUAGCAGCGACAAAGCAGGGCUGCAAGUGCGCCGCCGUAAAGGCCGCCAACAAAUGUGCGUAGAAGGAGCCACUAAAAUCUUGGAAGCGUGCAAAGACAUCGUUGGCUCUGACGUGGACUUAUCUUCUUGGGAUAAGAAGAUCAAAGAAGAAGCUGAAAUUGAGACGGAAGAUGAUGAGCAGACUGAAGUUGAUAGUCUAGAGCCUGAGCCUGAGAAAGGACAUAGGCUACUUUUUAUUGCUAAAAAGGGGUUGUAA